AGGACUACAGCUUCCGGUGCACCGCGCAGCGCCGCCGUGGCUAAGGGGUGCGAGGAAGGACAAAAAGGUUCCUGGUCGCACACGCCCCCAUCGGUGUCCGCUGUGUGCCGGGCUGCUGGCGGUGAAGGCAGCCGGGUCCAUCCGGGAGGAUGGAGGAGAAGCCGUCCGCCAGCGUUAAGCCCUACCUGGACAAGCUCACCCUGGGGGUCACACGGAUACUAGAGACUUCUCCAGGAGUUGCUGAGGUGAAGUUUGUGGAAAAGGAGCCAGCUGAACGCCGCACAAUCAUUUCAUGGGAGCAAAAAAAUUCCUGCAUAUUGCCAGAGGAUUUAAAGAACUUCUAUCUAAUGACCGAUGGCUUUCAGAUGACCUGGAGUGUGAAGACCGAUGAUACACCAAUGCCCCUGGGCUCCAUGGUGAUUAAUAGUGUCUCGAAGCUAUGUCGGCUUGGAGAUUCCUCUAUGUACACUCUGCCUAAUGCACCAACUCUUGCUGACCUGGAAGAUGACACAGGCGAGGAAGGUAACAUCCUAUUAACAGGCCAUGGAGACAAACCAGAGAAGCCACACUUUGAUUCUCGUAGUCUCAUCUUUGAAUUAGACCCAUGCAAUGGGAAUGGGAAAGUUUGCCUUGUUUAUAAGCAUGCUAAACCAGUUGUCUCCCCAGACACAGAGAUAUGGUUCCUGGACAGAGCUCUGUAUUGGCACUUCCUCACCAAAACCUUCACAGCCUACUACCGCCUGCUCAUUACCCACCUGGGUCUUCCACAGUGGCAGUACGCCUUCACCAGCUAUGGGGUCAGCCCCCAGGCCAAGCAAUGGUUUAACAUGUAUAAACCCAUAACCAUCAACACAUCUCUCCUCUCUGAAGAAGCUGAUUCCUUCGUGAACAAGUUGGACCCCAAUAAAGUAUUUAAAAGCAAGAACAAAACACCAGUGAUCAAAAAGAAACAACCUUCCCAGCCGUCAGGCUCCCAAAAGAGUCACACGAGCAUGACCUCCUCCAAGACAUCCUCGCUAGCUGGGAAUUCUUCAAGGAAGUGAGACCACCAGAUCUGACCCUGAACAGUAUUUUCAACAAGCUUUGAUGUUCUCUGAUGCAGAGUCAAUGGUUCAGAUGGAGUUCCUUGUGCAUUAAUAGAUGUGCCCAAUGAAAACACGUUGCAGCAUUUGCAUGAAAUAAAGCCACAAUGUACUUUGACAUGGGAGGGAUGUGGUUCCUUGAGACUGGGAGAAAAAAUCUUGAGACACUGAUUUAAUUUCCUUCUGCUACUUGCAGUAUGUACUUUCCAGAGGGCAUGAAGAAGCCGUUGAUGUCACUGCUGUAUUGGGAAGCUUUUGUUCUUGUACAACUACAGCAGUGAAAUGAAAGCAGAUGUAAGUCACCAUUACUUUAAUAGACCUAUGCUGAAAUACAGUGUAUGAAGAUAUUUUCUGCCAUCUCCUUUGAAAGAAACCUGUCCUGACCUUGCAUGCUAUGGAUUAGGCUGGAACCCACUGAACAAAGAAAUAUCUUCUGCUUCUAAUAGAAUCAAGCUCUGCACUUCCCCAUGCUCCUUCCAAUUUCUGCCCUCAGAGUCAUGGUUCAAAGAGACCUUGGGCUUCCGUGUCUCUGCACUGGCCUAGUUGCUUUCUCUACAGCCCAGACCACUUAGAAUCAUAGACUCAACUAGGUUGGAAAAGACUUUUAAAAUCAAGUCCAACCUUUACCUCAGGACUGCUAAGACCACCUCUAAACCGUGUCACUGAGAGUCUCAUCUACAUGGUUUUUGAACACUUUCAGGAAUGGUGACUCCACCACUGCCCUGCACAGCCUGUUCCACUGCCUGAGCACCCUCUCGGUGAAGAUAUUGUUCCUAAUAUCCAGUCUAAAGCUUCCCUGGCACAGCUUGAGGCUGUUUCAUCUUGUCCUAUCGCUUGUUACCUGGUAGAAGAGAUUGAUGUCCACCUCAGUCCAUCCUCCUUUCAGGCAGUUGUAGAUAGCGAUAAGGUCCCCCCUGAGCCUUCUCUUCUCCAGACUAAACCCCCCAGGUCCCUCAGCCGUUCCCCAUCACAUUUGUGCUCCAGACCCUUCACCAGCUCCAUUGCCCUUCUCUGGCCCCGCUCCAGCAUCUCAAUGUCUCUCCUGUAGUGAGGGUCCCAGCACUGAACACAGGAUUCGAGGUGCAGCCUCAUCAGUUCCCAGUGCAGGGGGAUGAUCACUGCCCUGGCCCUGCUACCACACUAUUGCUGGUACAGGCCAGGAUGCUGUUUGUCUUCUUGGCUGUCUGAGCACAAGCUGCUCAUCUUCAGUUCCAUCAAUCAGCAGCCUGAGGUUCUUUUCCACUGAGCAGCUUUCCAGUCACUCUGCCGCAAGCCUGGGGCAGUACAUGGGGUUGUUGUGGCCCAAGUGCAUGGGCCAGCACUUUGCCUUGUUGAACCUCAUACCAUUGACCACAGCCCAUGGAUCCAGCCUGUCCAGAUCCCUGUGCAGAGCAUCCUAUCCUCCAGCAGAUCAACACUCUCACCCAAAUAGGUGUCAUCUGCAAAUUUACUGAGGGUGCACUCAAUCCUCUCAUCCAGAUCAUCAAUGAAGAUAUUAACACUGGCCCUAACACCGAGCCCUGAGGGACACCACUAGUGAGCAGUUACCAACUAGAUGUGACACCAUUUACCACCGUUCUUUUGGGCUCAGCCAUCCAGCCAGUUUCCAACCCAGGAAAGAAUUCACCUAUCCAGGCCAUGAGCAGGUAGUUUCUCCAGGAGAAUGCUGUGGCCGACAGUGUUGAAUGCUUUACUAAAUCCAAAUAGACAAUGUUCACAGCCUUUCCCUCCCUCAUCAGCCAGGCUGGUCACCUUAUUGUGGAAGGAGAUCAGGUUGGUCAAGCAGGACCUGCCCUUCGUUAGCCCAUGCUGACUGGGCCUGGUUGCUCCAUUUUGCUGCACGUGCUUAAUGGUCUCACUUAGGAUCGUCUGCUCUGUGACCUUCCCCGGUACUGAGCUCAGGCUGACAUACCUGGAAUUUCCAAGGUCUUCCAUCCUGCUCUUUUUGUAGAAAGGUGUCAUGUUGGCCAUCCUCCAAUCCUCUGGGACCUGCCCAGAGGACUGCUAGAGACCAAACUGCUAGACUAGACCAGGACUGCUGAUACAUGAUGGAGAGUGGCUUGGCAAACUCCUCUGCCAGCUGCUUCAUCAUUCUUGGGUGUCACCCGUCCAGCCCCAUAGAUGUGUACAUAUAAGUGGAGCAGGAGGUCGCUAACCAUUUCUUCCUGAAUUAUGGGGACUUCAAUCAGCUUCUCAUCUCUGACAUCCAGCUCGGGGAUCUGAGUACCCUGAGGGUGGCUGGUGUGACUACUAAAGACUGAGGCAAAGGCAGCAUUUCCUUUUUGGAAAUACUUUUCCAUUUUGGCCUUUGUGCCGUGUCUUUUCAGAUAGUCAGGUCUGUGUGAUGUCCUUCCCAAUACACCCAAAGGUAGCCAGAAGCUGCAAGAUCCCUCACUGCCUCUGAUUUCUCCUCCUAUAGGAAUUGCUGAAACACUGGGUCAGUGAUGUUGAGAGUCCCAUAAGCCAGGAGGACCCCUUGGUUUGUCAUGCAUUCAUUUGCAAAGUUGACCAUUCAAACAGCCUUUGUCACUUUUCAACUGGGCACACUGAGAUCCUACAGCCUUAGAAGCUCCUGAUGCUGUUUUAAUAGUCUAAGUUGUCAGGUUAGAACCGCACUUUAACCCAUCCAGUGCUGGUUUUUAUUUAUACCUGAAGGUUUCCAUUACUUUUCUGUGCUAUUCUAUCUUCUUAGGUGUGCUGGAAACACAUGGUAGCCACCCACACAUUUUGUGCCUAAGCAGGGAAAUCCAAAGUCACCAUCUCUAAGUAAGCAUCAAUUAUUUAAACAGUAUCAUCUUUUAUUUGUGAAACAGUCAUAUAAUUACAUAAUACAAACCUACCUCACAGGGACGUGAGGACAAGUAUUUGUAUGGCCUUCAAAAAGAGGAAGCCUGUAAGUGCUUAGUAGUAUUUUAAUAAAGAAUUUAAUAUUUUCCUCCAGA